CUUAAAAGAUGAAAUCACAUCAGAGAAGUUAAUUGGAGUGAAACUGUGGAUUACAGCUGGGCCAAGGGAAAAAUUUACUACAACUGAGCUCUGUGAAAACAAGAGAGAGCUUCCAGGAGAUGAGCAGAAAACGUGCAUUUCUCUUUAUGGCUUGGUCAUUGACCUUGAACAGAAUUCUUCCGAGGUGUCGUAUGAAAUGCCUUCAUCCUGAUAUCCUCUGUGGGCAGUCAAGCAAAGGCAUUGUCUAAAUCAGUGGUUCUUAACCAGGGGUGAUUCUGUUUCUUCUUCUCCCGAGGGAACAUAUGGCAAUCUCAAGAGACAUUUUUGGUUGCCAGGGGAAAGUAGGUACAGCUGGCAUCUGCUGCCGAAUGGAGAACUGUGAGCUUCCUUUAGUAAUGUUUUUCACUUUUUGUUUGCUGUCUGGAUAGCUUUGAAACUGUUCAUUUAGUUUGAGAAUUUUGGAGCUUUAUACUCAGAGACAAGCUUGGAGAUCAUACACAGAGAGCACAUUUUGGCUGGGUGCAGUGGCCCAGACCUGUAAUCCCAGCACUUUUGGAGGCCGAGGCAGGCGGAUCACGAGGUCAAGAGAUCAAGACUAUCCUGGCCAAGAUGUUUGAAAUCCUGAAGAAAUACCUUGACAGCGGUGGAGAUAUCCUUGUGAUGCUAGGUGAAGGUGGAGAAUCCAGAUUUGGCACCAAUAUUAACUUUUUACUAGAAGAAUAUGGAAUCAUGAUUAAUAAUGAUGCUGUGGUUAGAACUGUAUAUCAUAAAUAUUUCCAUCCUAAAGAAGCUCUAGUUUCCAGUGGAGUCUUGAACAGGGAAAUUAGCCGAGCUGCGGGAAAGGCUGUGCCUGGAAUCAUUGAUGAGGAAAGCAGUGGAAACAAUGCCCAGGCUCUCACCUUUCUAUAUCCUUUUGGUGCCACAUUGAGUGUCAUGAAACCAGCAGUGGCUGUUCUGUCUACAGGCUCUGUUUGCUUCCCACUUAACAGACCCAUUCUGGCUUUCUAUCACUCAAAGAACCAAGGUGGGAAGCUGGCAGUGCUUGGUUCAUGUCACAUGUUCAGUGACCAGUAUUUGGACAAAGAAGAAAACAGCAAAAUCAUGGAUGUUGUUUUCCAGUGGCUUACAACAGGAGACAUCCACCUAAACCAGAUUGAUGCUGAGGACCCAGAGAUUUCUGACUACGUGAUGCUGCCCCACACAGCAACCCUAUCAAAGCGGAAUCGGGAGUGUCUCCAGGAGAGCGAUGAGAUCCCGAGGGACUUUACCACCCUCUUCAACCUGUCUGUCUUCCAGCUGGAUACAACCUCCUUCCACAGUGUCAUCGAGGCUUACGAGCAGCUAAAUGUGAAACAUGAACCGCUCCAGCUCAUCCAGCCUCAGUUUGAGACGCCACUGCCAACCCUUCAGGCUGCGGUUUUUCCUCCCAGUUUCCGGGAGUUACCACCACUUCCUCUGGAGCUAUUUGACUUAGAUGAAACGUUCUCCUCUGAGAAGGCACGGCUUGCUCAGAUUACCAAUAAGUGUACCGAAGAAGACUUGGAAUUCUAUGUCAGGAAGUGUGGUGACAUUCUUGGAGUAACCAGUAAACUCCCAAAGGACCAACAAGAUGCCAAACAUAUCCUUGAGCACAUCUUCUUCCAAGUAGUGGAGUUCAAGAAAUUGAACCAGGAACAUAACAUUGAUACAAGUGAAACAGCAUUCCAGAGCAAUUUCUGAAGACCUCCAUGCCUCUUGAAGCUUUUUCUGCCUCUUGAUUCUCUUUGUAAACUAUUUUCAAAUUGUUCUUCAACUCCUUAUCAAAAUUGUUUAUAUACUCUUUCCUCAAUGAGCUGUGGAAGGCCUAUCCAUCUCUGUAAUACACAGAUAGGUAUAAGAUUUUUCACAAAAUCCUUAUGUAAGAUAGAUUCCAUUUUUUAAAAUUAAAUAUAUGGUUGCAUCUGUCUUUUUAUACCCUA